GGUGGUGAGCGUGAGCGGCAGUGGCCCUCCACUGCCCGCAGAAAACUAUAUAAGCCACCCAAGGGAUGUCGCCCGAGCUCACUCCCUCAGUAGAGCUUGUCGGGGCGACACCAUGGCAGCGAGGCUCCUGGUCGUCUUCCUGGUGACAGCCGCCGCGGCCUCUGAGCAUAGUUCCCACGUGGUGGUGAGCGUGGGCACUGAAGCGUACGGCGCCGCGCCCUACAGCUACUACCCGCAGUCUGUCUACUACCCACAGCACUCCUACCCACACCAUCCUGUCUACUCGCACCACCCGCAGCCUUCCUACGGCCACCACGAGCCCGCCGUGCCCGCCUGCGCCGCCAACACCACCAAACCGUGGUGUCUCGAGGACGCCGAGUACCCGCUGUACGAAAUUCAACACGCCCUCCAGUACAACGCACACCAUGUCCUCGACCUAUACGCCGACGUGGCUGACCUCAACACUGCACUGUCCGUGGAACGGCCGAAGACCCUGGACGAGGAGACCUACCUCUGCCCCUCCGCCACCGCCUACGUCAGGCCGCUGCGAGCCAUCAAUACAGACGGCAAGUGGCGCGUCAUUGUGAACAACGUUGAGGUCCAUUACCAGACCUUGACGCAGACUGCCCGCGUGGAAGAGUGUCUCACCGCCGGCGACGCCUGCCCUCUGGUCCCCGAGUGUUACGGAUCAACAUGCCUGCAGAAGUCCAUCUACCACCGCUUCCUCGUCUACGACCCCUACGAUUACUACCUCCCUUUCAGCAUUGAGACAUUCGCCCUGCCCGCCAGCUGCGCCUGCCUGCUCUCCGCCUACACACUCGACCACUAGGACUAACAUGUCGCCUUUAUGCUGCACUGUGUAGAAAUACAUACUUACAUUUACCAUUAGUCCGCUUACUACUACCACCACCAUCACCACCACUCCCCGCUGCAGCUCUCUCUCUCUCUCUCUCUCUCUCUCUCUCUCUCUCCUCCUGAAGCAACAAAGUCGGUACGUGAAGAAAGCAGUUCUCUACCCUAAAUAAAACCCUGCACUAGUGUCAUAGCGGGGCUUCUCCACCGCACCUCUUUCUUAUGAAGGGAAAAGAAUAAGACGCGAGGAAAUAAAGGAAGCACGUUGACUUUUCACUUUCCUGCAUAACACCACAUUAACAGUUAAGCAACACUGCACACUUAGUUAACCUGUGACAAAGAUAGAAGCACUGGUGUCUUGAUAAAGGAAACAAAAGAUUCUUUAGCAGCUAGGCUAUCAUGUAAAUCUUUUCUGAGUUAUAAGACCGACCACCAAGGAAGACAUUAACUUGCCCUGUUAGAAUAUUACAGAGAGAGAAAAAAAAAUAAUGGAAUGGCAGUGUUCUGGAGAGAGAGAGAGAGAGAGAGAGAGAGAGAGAGAGAGGGGGGCCAUGGCAUCGUCCUUCCUUUGCACAAGAUUAGAUGUUUUCAUAAUAUUACGUACAUACCCUCUGGCGGACGAAAUCUUUUUCUGGAGGGAGAAGGAAAGGAAGGGAAGGGAAUGGAAGUAAAAUUAUAUACGUCCUAAUUGCAUACCUGGGUCAUUAUUACAGAUUUUUUAGUUCUAAUAUAACGUAAUCUGAUUGCACUGUGAAAUCUCGAGACUAAUUCUUGGAGAGGAAAAAGAAUGCAGCGGUAAUGGCAUGUGUACAGCGGUAAUGGCAUGUGUACGUACCAGGAAGGGUCUAUGCAAUUGUACUGCUACUUAAACCCGAAAAAAAUAAAUAAUAAAUAAAUAAAAUUAACAUAACAAAAUAACAACAGCAACAACAACAACAAUAACAUCAAUAAAUAGAAAUAAAUAAAUAAACAAAAUAACAACCAUACAACCCAACAAGCAAUUAAUCUCACUCGUUACUGAAAAGAUCCCAGGAGUCCGUGACACCACCACAACACUGUCCACGCCACACUGUCACCUUCCCCUGGCCAAUGCACCCACGGAAACAAAGAGAAAAGUUCUGACGCCCUGGAACUCAUGAGAAGCAUAACACACACACCUCACGUCAUCUUCCCUACCGCCUACCAGCUGAUCACCGAAACACACACACACACUUACCCUGUUCUCCACGUCCCUGCUGUGCUCCUCCUCCUCCUCUCAGCACCUUCAGGACCUCCACGGAACCCUCACGCACACAAGCACACGCCACGGUGCACACGACACUCGACAUAAAUGCACAAAACGCAUAAAUAUUACUAAUCCCGCCACGCGCUAGCCCCUACUGCCCGCUGUUUACAUGGUGACUGAAAAUUGCGCAACAGCAAGCGUCGACCUGCUGACUUCUGUCUUUAUUUAUUUUUUUCGGCUUUGUAUUUGAUUUCGAAGGCUACUGAUGUAUUUAUGUGUGCUUUAAUAAAUAUUUCAUCUCGUUUCAUAAUUUGCUAUAGGAAUGCAAAAAGUUUACGCUUGGAAAUACGUACGUAUCGCUCUCUUUUCUCCGUCUGCCUUCUCUUUACCUCCCUUUCAUCAAAUACAUCUUUUUUUUUGCUGCGAUUAGCAUGUUUUCUUCAUGUUAUCAGUUGCUCUGGGAAUACAAAAAUUCUAAGCCGUGAAA